CACCCUGGAAGCGAAGCCGCUGAUCAAUCUAUAUGCCUGUGUGCGCACGAGCACCCACAAUCACUCCUCGUUGUGGCGUUCCACAAAAAUAGCCAAUCGCGAAGAUUUUACCAACAUCUGUUUUCUGGUUAUGCCUACCACGUUCAUUACUGACAGCCUACAACGUUGUGCUCGUCGGUUGACUCGACGAGCCUGUCACCCACUGCACAAUAUACCUACAGAACUAUUGGAACACAUCUUUCUUCUCGGUUGCCAGCUGACUUGCUGCGAGGAAUGCGAUACGACCCCUGCGCGACUCAAGGGCAAGGAGUGCACGUGCAAUCUACCGUUCCAGUUCCUCGUAUCCUCUGUCUGCCGUCGGUGGAGGGUGGUGGCGUUGCAUCGAUCGGCCCUAUGGCAACGGCUCUACGUGUCUUCUUCUAUGCAACGGGAGCUCCUGUUGGAGUUCAUGUCGCGCGCAGGAUCAUGUUCACUGGACGUUCGCGUAUGCAUCGACGAAAGGAAGCCGACGACCCGCCACAAUAUAAUGCAGCUGCUCGACGUCGUACUCCCAGAACACCGCCGUUGGCGUGAGCUGCAUAUCGUCAUCCCUCAUGCUCGGCUCCUUAUUGCCAUCAUGUCAAGACUUACACACAUGUAUGCUCCGGAGCUCGAGGUCCUUCAAAUCGCGUGUCCAGAGCCAUAUGUAACGCGGCGCUCCCAUAGAUCUAUGAAUCCUCUUUCGUCAUUUCCUCGUAUAUUUUCUGGCGGUGCCCCUCGACUUCGCGUUUUGGAGGUUGCCGAGUGCGGAUCUCCACUGCCGCUUCAGGGCAACUUGCAAUUCCUUCAAGACCUCUCGGUAGUCGCCGGCGCGUAUCCUCUCCGGACUAUACGUGAACUUCCGCUGUACUGUCCUGCCCUCACUCAUUUGACCUUCACUGGCCACAAAACUCUCUGGAAGGAUUUAUCGCUGCCGAUGGGUUUAUCCCAUUUUCCCGCACUCCAGAGUCUGCGACUCGGCGGUCUUAACGACAUCCUGUUUCUCCACCAUCUAUCUGCUCCUAUGUUGGAGCAACUACAGAUUGAAGAACUCUAUGCCCCCGACGUCAGUGACGCAGAUGCCAUCGUUGUCUCUUUAGCUUCCAACGAUCCUACUCUCCCUCCCGUCAAAUUCCCUAGACUAUGCUGUCUAAAUAUCGAGAUGCAUCGUGUCGUCGACGGUGCACCGUUGAUCACAGGAGAGCGAUUGCGAAUGCUUUUGCAUUUACUUCCAGCGAUUAGAUAUCUCACGUUCAGUGGCCCAAAUGUGAUCGAUUUUGUGCAAAAUCUGCACGACCUUCAGGCUGGAUCGCGACAAAUUCUGUUGCCCCAGCUGGAAGUCCUCAGCUUGUUCGGAGCUCACGAUAGCAAGUUCAUGAAUGCCAUUGUCGCCUUCGCGUCAGUUCGAAAACCUUUUGGGUUUCCGUUGCGGCUGGUACAGGUUUCAGCAAUGCUCACAGUUGCAAAAGAAGGGCUUGCGGGCAAGUUCCUCAGGAUCCUACAAUUGCGGUGCCAAGGAACUCGGGUACGAGAGGUGAUAUAUCCAAAUGAUGGAACGACUUGGAUAAUAUCUGACUGGGAGCGGUUCAGAGGGUAUACAACCCGGUAUAUCCACUGGUAACAGACCGCAUUCGUAUUCAUAUGACAAGUAAGACUGUACUCUUAAUUCUGACAAGUGCAAAGAAUACCAAUAACCAAUAUGUUUAUGCCAUUACGUGUACAGUACAAGUCUGAUGCCUUUCUGAUAUCGCCAUUUGUUCUCCUGGUC